UAAAUCACUAACCAAAAAAAAAAACAAGUAUAAAGUCCCUGAAAGUUUGAGUCAGAAAAUAAGAUAUUCUUCCUAAAAUCCCUAGAGACAAAAGCAUCGAUCUUAUCGUCCAUGGAAGGAUCUCCUCUCGCCAAUUUUGUCAAGGAGUCGAUGGAGAGAUCCAGAUCCUCUCCUCGGGUUUCUGCUCCGUACACGUGGAAGAGGCCGUUCUCCGCUGAUGCACAUCUAGAGGUCGUGAAGUCGUACUAUGAUUACGUCAAAAGCAGGAUAAGGAUCGGUGUUGAAGGGUACGACACUUCCCUUCAACCCAUUGAACUCUACCGGGCUUUGGAGAGUCUUUUCAAGGCAUGUGGAGAAUUCCACAACAUCCAGAUUCGCAGCGAUCCAGUAACAAAUGAGCUCCAGAGGUCGUGCAUUGUUAUCCUGCGUGGAGAAGGCGCAGGAGACAAAGCCUUGCAACUCGAUGGAAGUGAUAUUGGAGGAAAGAAGAUUGUCGUUACGAGUUUGCCUCCAGGACUCAGUGACCUCAGCACUGGGUUGAGUACUGAUGUACUCGCUGCUAGGCACGUUGCACAUGAUCAAAGAAACCGUUUUUUUUACUCUUGCAGUAGCGAAGGCGUAUCCGUGACUGGAUAUGCCACUUCUCUUCCUAGAGAUGAUAUCAAGAAUGCUUUGAGUAACCAUUUCUCCACAUGUGGCGAGAUUACCGAUGUUUUCCUUCUCAACAGCCGUGCCCUCGUCUAUUUCUACGGACUAGGCUCCAACCACCGUGCGGUUCAGCUGUCUGGAACUGACCUAGGAGGCUGCACACUGGUGGUCAAGGCCUUGCCCUAUCCAAAGCCCAAAGAACCCGCUGGAGCUAGUGGCUGGACCCGUUUGCGUUACCGUUUUAGGUUGGCUACUCUCGCAAAGACAAGGGGGGGAACAAACACAUCAGAUGUGAGAGGAAUUCGGGUUUUUAUUUAAUGAAUUUCGGCUUGUUUAUUUGUUCGGUUUAGUAUAUGUUUAAUUACUACCAAAAAAACUUAUAUUUCGGAUAUGUUUAAUUACUACAAAAAAACUUAUAUUUCGGGUAUUGUUUAAUUACUACUUGAUUUCA